UCCGUCGAGCCGACUGUGGUGGACGCCGGGUGGCGAAGGCCGUUCCCGAGCUGCGGCCUCGAGGCGGUUCCCGGUGGCUGGGGCAGCAGGGCGCGGGCCCGACGCGGCCGCGACCGGCGACGUGGGCCGGGCGAGGAGUGGCCUGCAGUGUGAGUGGCUGAGUCCACAAAGACACCCAGACAGCAGACUGCACCACUGUGCAUCCAGCAUUCCCAGCUUCCGGUUCCUGAAUCAACAAAACACUCAACCCUAAAACCCUUUCUUCAGAACACUCAGCUCCCAGCAUUUGCCGUGGGCGGGGUUCUCCUUUGACCUAGCACAAGUUCCUACUGCACACCUGGGGCUCUGUUACUACUAAAGAGAAGAUGGCUAUGAUGACUGCGGCAACUGUAGUGGUUCCCGCUGAGUGGAUCAAGAACUGGGAGAAAUCUGGGAGAAGCGAAUUUUUGCGUUUAUGCCGGAUUCUCAGUGAAAGUAAAAGCCGCGACACUUUGGCUUGUAGAGAUUUCCAACAAGCUCUCUAUGAGUUGUCAUACCAUGUCAUUAAAGGAACUUUAAAGCCGGAACAGGCAUCCAGUGUUCUCAGUGACAUCAGUGAAUUUCGUGAAGAUAUUCCACUUAUUCUUGCCGACAUAUUCUGCAUAUUAGAUAUUGAGACAAAUUGUUUAGAAGAAAAGAACAAGAGAGAUCAUUUUACACAGUUGGUAUUAGCAUGUUUAUAUUUAGUUUCAGACACAGUUCUAAAGGAACGCUUGGAUCCAGAAACAUUGGAGUCAUUAGGCCUUAUCAAACAAUCACAGCAGUUCAAUCAGAAGUCAGUUAAAAUCAAGACGAAACUCUUUUACAAACAACAGAAGUUCAAUUUGUUAAGAGAAGAAAAUGAAGGUUAUGCCAAGCUUAUUGUUGAAUUGGGGCAAGAUUUAUCUGGAAAUAUUACAAGUGAUUUAAUCUUAGAAAUUCUCAAAUCUUUAAUAGGUUGCUUUAAUCUAGACCCCAAUCGAGUUUUGGAUAUCAUAUUAGAGGUGUUCGAGUGUAGGCCAGAACACCAUGAUUUCUUUAUAUCUUUAUUAGAAGCUUACAUGAAUAUGUGUGAACCACAAACAUUGUGUCAUAUUCUUGGAUUCAAAUUCAAGUUUUACCAGGAACCAAAUGGUGAGACUCCAUCAUCUUUGUAUACAGUCGCAGCAGUACUUCUACAGUUUAAUCUUAUCGAUUUGGAUGAUCUUUAUGUACACCUUCUUCCAGCUGAUAGUUGCAUUGUGAAUGAAUACAAACGAGAAAUUGUGGAAGCUAAGCACAUUGUCAGAAAACUUACAAUGGUUGUAUUGCCUUCUGACAAAAGUGAUGAACGAGAGAAAGAAAAGAAAAAAGAUGAUAAAGUAGAGAAGGCACCUGACAAUCAAAAACUUGGUUUGUUGGAAGCCUUAUUAGUUAUUGGUGAUUGGCAGCAUGCACAGAGUAUUAUGGAUCGAAUGCCUCCGUACUAUGCAGCAUCACAUAAAGUAAUAGCCCUUGCUAUCUGCAAUCUUAUACAUAUAACUAUUGAACCUCUUUACCGAAGAGUUGGUGUUCCUAAAGGUGCUAAAGGCUCACCUGUCAAUGCUUUGCAAAACAAGAAAUCACCAAAGCCAGCAGAGAGCUUUGAAGACUUAAGGAGAGAUGUAUUCAGUAUGUUCUGUUAUCUUGGUCCCCACCUUUCUCAUGAUCCCAUCUUAUUUGCAAAGGUUGUGCGCAUAGGCAAGUCAUUUAUGAAGGAAUUUCAGUCUGAUGGGAAGCAAGAAAAUAAAGAGAAAAUGGAAGUCAUCUUUAGUUGCUUGCUUAGCAUCACUGACCAGGUCCUACUUCCGUCUCUUUCUUUGAUGGAUUGCAAUGCGUGUAUGUCAGAGGAACUAUGGGGAAUGUUUAAAACAUUUCCUUAUCAACAUAGAUACCGCUUAUAUGGCCAAUGGAAGAAUGAGACUUACCAUAGUCACCCACUUUUAGUAAAAAUUAAAGCUCACACAGUAGACAGAGCCAAGUACAUUAUGAAGCGUCUAACCAAGGAAAAUGUGAAACCUUCAGGAAGACAGAUUGGGAAACUGAGCCACAGCAAUCCAACCAUUUUGUUUGAUUAUGUCUUGUCACAAAUACAGAAAUACGAUAACUUAAUAACACCUGUGGUAGACUCAUUGAAAUAUCUCACUGCGUUGAAUUAUGAUGUUUUGGCUUAUUGUAUCAUUGAAGCAUUAGCUAAUCCAGAAAAAGAAAGAAUGAAGCACGAUGACACAACCAUCUCAAGCUGGCUUCAGAGCCUGGCUAGUUUCUGUGGUGCAGUUUUUCGUAAAUACCCAAUUGAUCUUGCUGGUCUUCUUCAGUAUGUAGCCAAUCAAUUAAAGGCAGGCAAAAGUUUUGACCUGCUUAUAUUGAAAGAAGUGGUACAAAAAAUGGCAGGAAUAGAAGUUACAGAGGAAAUGACAAUGGACCAGCUAGAGGCUAUGACUGGUGGGGAGCAACUGAAAGCCGAGGGUGGAUAUUUUGGCCAGAUAAGAAACACUAAAAAAUCCUCUCAGAGAUUGAAGGAUGCACUGCUGGACCAUGACCUUGCCCUUCCUCUCUGUUUGCUUAUGGCCCAGCAGAGGAAUGGUGUGAUCUUUCAGGAAGGCGGAGAGAAACAUUUAAAGCUUGUAGGGAAGCUGUAUGACCAGUGUCAUGAUACUUUGGUACAGUUUGGUGGGUUUUUAGCUUCAAAUUUAAGCACAGAUGAUUACAUAAAGAGAGUACCUUCAAUUGAUGUACUAUGUAAUGAAUUUCAUACGCCCCAUGAUGCAGCAUUUUUUCUGUCUCGGCCGAUGUAUGCGCACCAUAUUUCAUCCAAGUAUGAUGAACUUAAGAAAUCAGAAAAGGGUAGUAAACAGCAACAUAAAGUUCAUAAAUACAUUACAUCAUGUGAGAUGGUGAUGGCUCCUGUCCAUGAAGCAGUGAUCUCCUUACACAUUUCCAAAGUCUGGGAAGAUAUCAGCCCUCAAUUUUAUACCACGUUCUGGUCUCUGACAAUGUAUGACCUUGCAGUUCCACACACUAGCUAUGAACGAGAAGUCAAUAAACUUAAGAUUCAGAUGAAAGCAAUUGAUGACAAUCAAGAAAUGCCUCUGAAUAAAAAGAAAAAAGAGAAAGAGCGCUGUACUGCCCUUCAGGACAAGCUUCUUGAAGAAGAAAAGAAACAGACGGAGCAUGUGCAGCGAGUACUACAGAGACUGAAAUUGGAAAAGGACAACUGGCUCUUAGCAAAAUCUACUAAAAAUGAGACCAUCACAAAGUUUCUCCAGCUGUGUAUAUUUCCUCGUUGUAUUUUUUCAGCAAUUGAUUCUGUUUACUGUGCGCAUUUUGUUGAGUUGGUCCACCAACAGAAGACUCCAAAUUUUUCCACACUUCUCUGCUAUGAUCGAGUUUUCUCUGAUAUAAUUUACAUGGUUGCUAGCUUUACUGAAAAUGAAGCUAGUCGGUAUGGUAGAUUUCUUUGCUGCAUGUUAGAGACGGUGACUAGAUGGCAUAGCGACAGAUCCACCUAUGAGAAGGAAUGUGGAAACUAUCCAGGAUUCCUUACUAUAUUACGAGCAACUGGAUUUGAUGGUGGAAAUAAAGCGGAUCAGUUAGAUUAUGAAAAUUUUCGACAUGUUGUCCAUAAGUGGCAUUAUAAACUAACCAAGGCAUCGGUACAUUGCCUUGAAACAGGUGAAUAUACUCAUAUCAGAAAUAUCUUGAUUGUGCUCACAAAAAUACUGCCAUGGUACCCCAAAGUUUUAAAUCUGGGACAGGCUUUGGAAAGAAGAGUACAUAAAAUCUGCCAAGAAGAGAAAGAAAAGAAGCCAGAUCUGUAUGUACUAGCAAUGGUCUACUCUGGGCAGCUGAAAAAUAGAAAGUCGUACAUGAUACCUGAAAAUGAAUUUCAUCACAAAGAUCCUCCUCCAAGAAAUGCUACUUCAAGUGUACCAAAUGGACCUUGUAGCGGGCUGCCAUCUUCCAUAGGAAACACGUCUAAGUCAGAUGAAAGCAGUACUGAGGAGACUGACAAGUCAAGGGAAAGGUCUCAGUGUGGCCUGAAAGCUGUCACUAAAGCCUCUAGUGCCGUACCAAAAGGGAAUUCAAACAAUGGAAACAGCAGCUCCAACACCAAGGCUGUUAAGGAAAAUGACAAAGAAAAGGGGAAAGAGAAGGAAAAAGAAAAAAAAGAAAAGACCUCAGCUGUUAUUCCAGAAGUUAGGGUACUUUGUAAAGACAAUAAAGAAAAACCCAAGGAAGAGCAGCCAAAUAAAGAUGAGAAAAUAAGAGAGACCAAGGAAAGAAUGCCUAAAUCUGACAAAGAUAAGGAAAAAUUAAAGAAGGAGGAAAAAGCUAAAGAUGAGAAGUUCAGGAUCACUGUCCCUAACAUAGAUUCAAAGUCUACUCAAGAAAGAGAAAAAGAGAAAGAGCCAUCAAGAGAAAGAGAUUUAGCAAAGGAAAUGAAAUCAAAAGAAAAUGUUAAAGGAGGAGAAAAAACACCAGUUUCUGGGUCCUUGAAAUCACCUGUUUCCCGAACAGAUAAUGCAGAGCCCGAAAGAGAAAAGCGUCGCAAGGUAGAUUCCCAUCCUUCUCCAUCCCAUUCUUCCACAAUAAAGGACAGUCUCAACAAACUCAAGGAGUCUUCAGCAAAGCUCUACAUCAACCAUGCUCCUCCACUGUUGUGCAAGAGUAAGGAGAGAGAAAUGGACAAGAAAGAUUUGGACAAGUCGAGGGAAAGAUCCAGAGAGAGAGAGAAAAAAGAAGAAAAGGACCGGAAAGAGCGGAAAAGGGAUUAUUCAAACAAUGACCGGGAAGUGCCUCUAGACUUAGUCAAAAGGCGGAAAGAUGAAAAUGGAAUAUUGGGGACUUCAAAGCACAAAAGUGAAAGCCCCUGUGAAUCUCUUUAUCCAAGUGAGAAAGACAAGGAAAAAAAUAAGUCAAAAUCCUCAGGCAAAGAAAAAGGUGAUUUCUUUAAACCUGAAAAGGUGGAUAAAGUAUCCAGUGGGAAAAAGGAGUCUGGACAUGAUAAAGAAAAGGUAGAAAAGAAAGAGAAAUGGGACAGUUGUGGAGAUAAGGACGAGAAGAAGCAUCAUAAGUCCUCAGACAAGCACAGAUAAUGAAGACUUUGAGCCAAGAGUGGGCAGGCCUCCCAGCAGAGGAUGCCAGAGCUCUGGGUCACUCUCAAAACUUAAUUACGAGCUCCUGGUGCUGUUCAUCUUAUGAGAAUCUAUGUUACAUCAGAAGAUGAAUAUGCAUCCCAUCCUCUUGAGACAUUGCAAAGUCAAUGGUUUUUCAGAACAUUAUUUUACCUCCAGGCAGUUUCUUGCAGCAAGAUCCCUGUGCGUACAUUUUUUUUUUCUUGAUAUGACACCAUCCAGAAACAGCAUUUAUAAAAUUUUCACCAGCUGAUUCUUGGAUCACCCUUGGAAAGGAAAAAGGAAUUCUCUUUUCUUCAAUGGAAGACUUCUGGGAGGGCCUGCUGUGCGUUUGCCAAUAUAUAAGAAGUAGGCUAUGGUGCAUUGUUGAAGUUACUGUUCUGCCUUUAAAGAGUGACUUAGUACCAGUUAUCGAAAAUAUCUUGCAGGUGCCUUGCAACUCUUUAGGUCUUCAGAGAUUCAUUACCCAUUUAAUCUCCAUAGCAAACUACAAGAUUCAGACGGGAUAUUAUGAAGGCGUAAUCCAGCCCCGCGUAAAUCUACCAGUGUCUGAGCUCUGGGUGAAUGUUUGGCACCGAUCUCCAGCAGAUCUGCCAUGGAGGCAGCUUCUGGCAACAGAAUUCAUAGACCAAUUGCAAUGUCCCCUCUCACCAAAGCUCUUCAAAUUCAUGUUCUAACAGGACCAUGAGCCAGCUCUCACAAGCAUGUCAUGUUGUGCCAAAGACCUCUGUAGCUUUGCUGUUAUGUUCUUCACUGUUUGUGGCACACUCUCAGUUGGCAUAGCUCAUCUUUGGCACUUAAUUGGAUGACUUAAGUGCCUUCCAAAAAUACUUCAGCAAACCCUGAGUAGUGUGGUCCUCUGAAUUGUGGUCUCCUGCAGCCUGGGAAGAGCAUGAACAGAGGAAUGGAACAUUCCAUUGCAGUAUGGCGUCCCAGUCCCAGGUGUUGAUCAUAAGGCACGAGAUUGUGGAGCUGGAAGAGACAUGAGACAGGUGGCGACUGAGGUCACAGGGAACAGAUAACAGAUGGAUCUGCUAAUGCAGUGCACCAGCAGUUGGAGUGUUGGAGCUGAUGAUGCAGUGCCCUCUUCAGGUCAGCAUCCUCAGAUGACAGUGAGACCCAGAAGUCCUCCCCCUCCUUCCAGUCUGCAGUGGACCUAGAAGUCGGAGACGGAAACGGGGGUGCCAGGAUCUACAUGUGGUAAUCCACUGUGUGGUUCUGAGUGGAUUUGCCAUAACAAGUACAUUAUUUAUGCCUGAUAAUCAUAUGAUGCUGGUCUUUAUAACUAAUCAUUAAUCUUCUGCACUUGAUUUUAUUUUCUAUAAACUUUUCUAUGGAUGGAAGAAGGAAGACUUCCUCACAUGACAGAUCUGACUUUGAAAUAUUGAACCAAGAAAAAAAAAAACUGGAAAGUAUGUUGAGAAGUACGCCCAAUUGCUGCCCUGCCUAAUUCUGUUCAGGAGACAAUGAAGUAGCUUUUUAAAGCUGGAACUGUAAAGACUCCUGAGUACACUUCCUGCCACAAGUCAGCAUUGCCAUUUUUAGCCAGUGUGUAGAAGGAAAGGAGGGCAUUUCUUCCCAUGCUGACGGAACUAUGUGGUUGUGCAUUUCCGGCGCCCUCUACUUGUAAACUUUAAACCAUACGGAUAAACCAUAGUGUGGCCAUGUCCCCAUUGUGCUGGAGUUUGUAUCAAUAGUUAAGAUGUUAAAACUGCACUCUUUUUUUUUUUGCCUACUUUCUCAUAACUGAUAUCUGUGGGACUAGCUGUAUUUCUUGGUUUUUUGUAUUGUUUAGCUCUAUAAAAUGGCCCCAGAAAAUCUCCAAAUAGUGUCUCUAACUACAACAAAGGAGAAUUGUAUGGUUCCUUAAAGUCACACAAAAUUUGAUUUAGAACAGUUUUAGUGUGAAUAUUUUCAUGUCUCAGUUUAUUUGAAACUCAAUAUUCAAAGCUCUCUAGUAGAACCAACUUAUUAAAUGUUACUUUAGUGUGCAGUGUUCAGUUAAGCAACUGUUUAAGAAUGAGACUUCGUUUUGAAAUUCAUUAUGAAUCAUAAAGCAAAAGUCAUAGUUUUUCAGAGACAUGGUCUCAGAUAUUCUUCGUCCAGUAUGUCAGAAUAGAAUUUAUAAUACAAACAAAGUUUGCUUUAAUUAAAAGACUUUUUUUUUGCUGCAAGUCCCAUCUGCUUUCAGAAAGCAUCAGGUAGAGUUUGCAUUAGUAGAAGAGGGAGGCUUCCACUAUCUCUGUAAAAGUCUGUUCUCAACUAGAAGUGGUGGUUUUCCAAACAUACUGUGUGUCGUAUGAAGGGAUAAGAAGGAUAUAGUUGAGGACGGGUGAUUUGCCCUCAGCUCUAGAACCAGUAGAGAAACCCUAUUUUUAGUGCUUGUCUUACAUUCUUGUAUUAAUUACUAGACUAUGUUAGUCAUGUCUCCAAAGAAAACAGGAGCUGACAAGUCAGUUAAUGAAUGAAACAUCUGAUUUUAAUGGGAUUUUCGUGUUUCAUCUCCAUCUCUUCUAUGAGUACCGUGAACAAGUUCUUCCUUCCUGAUAAAGUUUGUCUUCCUUGCAUAUUGAGUUUAUAUGUUUAUCGUGUAUACCUGCUGUUACAUGAAAAUAACUUUCAACUGUAAGUGUGGCCGUUAUGUGGUAUCCAUGUUUAUUGAUCAUGCACCACAUAUUCACUGCAGUCCCUAGAGAGUAUUUAUGAUAUAUAUUACGUACUGUCUUUUAUUAUAAUAUUGUACAAAAUUCUUUUCCUUUUACCCAUGAGUGCCAUCUGUUUGUUUUUUGGUUUGUUUGGGUUUUUUCUUCUUGAGUCAAAGAAUACAGUUUAAUCUUUUUCCUCUACCUUGCCCUCUGUUGGUGUAAGUAGGAAGUGAAUUGUUCAAAUCUCUGCAAUUAGAAUUUCAGAAGUAGGGGAUACUGGUCAUUUGACUUAAUAAAGAUUACAUAUAUAAUAAAUUUGUCUAUUUUCUAAUUAAAAGCAAUUAAGUUUUCCCUUUAUUAGAGUAUUAAUAAUAGCCUAGAUUAUGAAAAUGUCUGUAUGUGCGGGAUGGGGCACACAAUGAAACAAGCCUGCUUAUGACAGCAAGUGCUUGUAACCAACCAGUAGCAGUGCUUGAGGCUGUCACUCGGGUAUCUUACUCCUCAGGUCCCUUAGAGCUGCAACAUGAGACAGUUGAAGGGCAAGUACCUUCAGGACAGUGGAUAAUAGUGUGGCUGAGGAAGACUGGAAAGGGAGGUGUACAGAGGAUGUGUUGUCAAGUUGACUAGCACUACAGGCUAUUAGAACUGUAGUUUCUUUUUUGCUACUCUGGGAAACACUAAAAUACACAGUUCAGACAUACCCCGUUUGAGGAAGUUUCAAAGCUGUUCUGGGGAGAAUGGUAUCUAUUUCAUGUAGUAAACAGCAGCCCUUGGUGACUUGUGAUCAAGAAAAGAGCUGUAGCUGAACAUGAUGGCACCUGACUGCAGUUCCAGCACCUGGGAGGUAGAGGCAGAAGGAUCAACAGUGUAGGGGCAGCCUGGGCUACGAGACUGGCUGAAGAAAAAGUAGAAAAUGCCGUAGCUGAAGAUGGGUAGACACAGACUUAGGUGUGUGGCACAAAUGAUUUGCACACAGUGCCACGUUAUCUUUUAGGUGUAGCAUUCACAGUUCAGCCUCCUAGAACUUUGUGUACUUGCAACUGCCUGGCUUUCUAGUCCACCCAGAGCCCAUGGAGAAGCUGGAAGGAAGCAUAGUGAGAACGCUUUGCUGAGGUUCUGCCCCGACAGUGUUUAGUAGCCAUACGAUCAUGUCAGGACACCUGGUUCACAUGAGUCCUCCUUUGUCAUCUUUAAGUUUGGAAGAUGAAUCCAUACCUUGCCUUUCCUGUGGUGUGUAUGGUCAAACUGAGCUUUAUACAGCAGAGACAGGAAGGUAAUAGGUACUUAACAAAGCGCCUUGCUCCACAACAGAGUGGUCUCUGUUGAAUAAACAAGAAGAAAAAGACUUCUGAGCAAUUUUAAGUUUUCAAAGGUAAAUUAAAGGGACAGAUACUGUCCAGUGAUAACUAAAAGCGUUAAAGGCUCUUCUAAGUCAUGACACACAUAUAUUUCACAACUGCAAUUUUAGACUCCCCCUUCCUCAUGUUAAGUCAUGAAUGUGCCAUAUGUUACUGUGCAUAAUAUACAAAGUAUAUAAUGUGCAAAGUACAUAAUGUAAGUUGUAUUAUAUGACUGAUUGUGUCCACAUUUUAAUAAUAAAUUAUGAAUGUAUAAUUUAUAAGAAAUAAAAACACAUUAACCUCAUUCCUGGUAUUGAA